GUGUGUUCUAUAGCUGCAGCCCUGCUGCAGAUUUCUGGGACUGGGUUAAUGUUUUUUAGGAUUGGGACCUGAUGCGCGGCUGAAGGUAUCGUCGUGUGUAGCAGAUCUGACUGUGCAGAAAACACUUUAUCCAAACUGCUUGAGACUGGAAAUGUUUGGAUUUUGGAAUAUUUGCAUUCGUAAAAUGUCACAGUUUUGAGAGGGGAUAGGACCAAGUGUAAACAACAUCUUAUGUCAUUUAGGCAGUACUUACAUGUCAUAAUAUAGCUUCUAUAUGCAACCUAAAGGGAUGGAAAGCUCUUCAACAGAGAUGGAUCCUGAGCUUGCCAAGGAGCUGUUCUUCAAGGGUGCAACUUUGGUGAUCUUGGGAGUUCCAGAAGGCACUGAAUUUGGAAUUGAUUCCAACAGCUGGCAGGUGGGCCCUCGCUUCAGGGGGGUGAAAAUGGUGCCUCCUGGUGUACAUUUUAUGCAUUACAGUAGUACGGGAAAAGGGGGAAGCCAAGGAGAAACUGGACCUCGCUCUGGCAUUUUUCUUCAUCUAGAGCAGAGUGAUCUCCGCCUCAUGCACUGGGACCCUCAAGCAGAAGAGAUUAUCCCAGCAUCUACAGAUGAAGCAGAGAGAUUGAGGGAAAAACUUCAGGAUCUAGAUCCCUUCCUAGGUCCAUACCCAUAUGAAAGCCUCCGCCGGUGGGUAUCGCUAAGCAGCCAUAUAAAGAAGGAGACUAUAGAGAGGCUGCAGCCAGUCUGUGGGACAAUCUUUUCAUUCCCAGAGGUACUUCCGGUGGAGGAGAUGACUCACACAGAAGACCGUGCAAAGCAUAACCUGCCCAGGUAUGACACAGAGUGUCAGAGCUACAAGGAGGGCAUGGCAAGGUUACCCCAAAUGAAGCAGAGAGAUGGCACAGAGAUACGAUUCAGCCAGAUACCCAGUAAAAUGUACCCUGAGAAUGCCAGUCCUGCUCAGAUCACGCAACACAGUAUGGACCUGUCUUAUGCAUUGGGACAACUGAUGGAUACCAACUACCCUGGAAAACACCACGAGCUGCUUGCUGAGCUGCAGUUCUCCUUUGUGUGCUUUUUGCUUGGAAAUGUGUAUGAAGGGUUUGAACAGUGGAAGAGUCUACUGAACCUGUUGUGCCGAGCAGAGACCUUCUCUCAGCAGCAUCCUGAACUGUACAUCAACGUUAUCUCUGUACUAUAUCACCAACUGUCACAAGUGCCCAAAGACUUCUUCAUAGACAUUGUAUCUCAAAAUAACUUCUUGACCAACACUUUACAGCAACUCUUCUCUUUCUUGUGUUCACCUCAAGCGGAUCCAGCUCUUAGGAAAAAAGCAAUUAGAUUCAAAGCUCAUAUUACCAAGAGAUUCCAGUGGGAUUUUGAAGAGGAGCCACCAGACUGUGAGCCACUUAUUGUUGAUCUGCCAGAGGGAUGGGAGCACCAGGAUACAUCCGUCUCACAUUAAGCUAUUGUCCAAAGGAUUGGAGAUUUCAAAGUCUAUGCUCUGCUUGCUGUGCUUCUUCCUAAGGAAGAUAAUCAGUCCCCAUUACUUUUGGGAGAACCAAGUCAUCAUUACCUUAAACACAACCGCUAUGGACAAAGUCUUGAGACUGACUCUCCCUGUAUGUCAGGAGGUUAAAAAUAAACCCUCCUUCCCAAUCUUAGGCAAGUUUACUGCAGAGGGAAAGAAUGAAUUGUUUCCUACCAUGGUGGUGCAGCUUACAAAGAGGAGUAGAAUUGCCAAACCCUUUACACCUAUCCUGUAAAUUGCACAAUAUAGAGAGUAGGUGAUGCAGCUUCUGUAGAAUGUUGCUGUAAACAGGGUUUUAAUGAUCUCACAUCUAUCUCAUAUAGUGCUAUAUUAGACUUAUGGAAUGUUUUGGAACUGAUUAAUAUCAUUUUUCACGUCAUGCCAUUUUCUAGCAUUGCAGUACAGAAUUGCUAUAUGACAUUGUUUGUUUUAUCUUUUAAUAGCUAAUUUGCCAGUGUCCUCACCUUGUACACAUUCACAUGACUCAUAUAACAGUUCUCAUGUAGUGGUUUAUUACUUAUGUAUUUUUUCCCCAUGUUUUUGGUGCUGGUUGACACAUACAGUAUAUUAGUAAAUAACUAAGUUACAGUUUAUGUUGUUUGGUCUUUUAUAAAUGGAAGUUUUAUUUUCAUGUACUACUUUUAUCCAGGGGAGCAAUAUAACCAUUGCUAUAAAUAAUUUUUCUUCUGCUGCAAAUAAAAGAUGGAUUGGAGUA